AUGGUCACCACCACUCUCUCCCUCCUCUCGCCAGCAUUCUUCACCAGCAAACCCUCAAUCCUAACCACGACCCCCCUCUAUCCCUCCUCCCUGAAAUUCGCACCAAUUUCAUACAAUUUCCCCUUCAAGCCCCCACCUAAAAGUUUCAUUCUCAAAGCCGACGACGGAGACGCAGACGGAGGCGGGCCAGAUGACUAUGACAUGGACGACGAAGAAGUGGAGGAGCUGGACAAUAAGAAAGACUAUGACAUGGAGUACGAGCCUUUAACUGCUUCAGCUAUUGCUAUUGGCAACGAAGAUGAGGAGAUUUCUAUGGUGAAUAGUAAGAGUUUUGUGCACACACAAGGCUGGGAUUCUGAAAAAAUUGUUGAUUAUAGGAUUAAUGAGGAGGAGUUUCAUAAAAUUUGCUUGUUGGAUUGUGAUUUCUUUAUUAGAAAGCCGCCCGACCCUGAUGACGAUGUCUAUGAUUUUAGAGAGAUGUAUGUUACUCCACCCGAUACUGAUGUUUAUGCUAUACCAAAGGUUCUUGCUCCAAUGCCUCAAAAGUACAUACGCUGUGCACAGAGCGAUUACGGAUGCUAUAAUGUAACCGAACCACCCAUAGAUGCGCCUCGAGAUCCAUUGUAUAAAUCUGAGAGGGAGAUCUGGAAGGUGUUCUUGUUUAAGCAUUACAGGAACCGAAGGUUGGGGGAUCCUGAUUUUGUGCUAGACUUAGAGGAGAUUUACGUUAUUGAUUCCAAAACAAAGUCAAUAACCAGAGCAAAAGUACUGGUUACAGUUCCUGGAGGACGAAAUAGGGAUAGAAAGGCUGAUUUGCUUGUAGUGCGAGAUAAAGGGACCUCUUUCAAAAUAAUUCAUUCGAGUGAAAGGGAUGAUCCCACCACUAUAAUAGAGAAGGAAGAGUGGGGCAAGUCUAGACAAGACAUGGAGAGACAUCUCAGAAAGCUAAGGGACUUUGACCACAUAUAUAAAGCAGCAAGAGAGAUGCUUCUCGGCCAUGAGAGUGGCACUUUCGCUGGUUUCCACCUUAAUUUGGAAGUAUUGGUGAACUGCCUUGACUUGUGUUUGUUCUGUGUUUGUUGUGUUCACCCAGUAACCGGUAUUAGAGAUGGAAUUGGUCAAAUGCUUAACUAUGGAGAACAGCCAUUAGUUUUGGGUGCGGUGGAUGAUGCCUAA